AUGGCAAAUCCUCAGCGGCAGGCUUCAGCUGCCGCAAGCCGCUACUUCACUUCAAGCACAAUGAGUGAUUUGCAGCGGAUUGAGGAUCUCUACAACCGCCUCAGUGCGGUUGCGCAAGAUGACUAUGCCAUCAAAGAACGCGAGAUCAAGGCUGAGUGUGAAAACCAGCAAUUGGCCUUUCUGUAUCGCCAAGAUGUGCCGCCAGAUGUCAAGGGCAUGCUGCGGUAUCUUCUCCUGGAGAACCAAGAUUUGCACCUUGAUAAACUGCAGCUAGCAUAUGAGACUCGGAAAAAAGACAUACUCGAAGGUAAGAGGAGAGAAGAGCGUGACUUGCUCACAAGAAUGGGCACCAUGUACAGCGAGUCAAAACCAGUCCCCGUUCGCACCCCCGUCGCAAGUCCUCGCAUGUCGGAAGUGAGCCCCGUCGUCUCGCCAUUAGCAAACAGCAAACCAUCGCCAGUUCCAAGUUCGACGCCGUUGCCAUCCAAUCUCACGGAACAAGGCCCGCCAAGAAACGCAUCGCAGCCCCCUGUCUCGUUCCGGCCGUCCCCCCUUAACCCUGCUGCGGGCAGCAGCACCUCUGUUGGCGGACCCCCCCACCCAUCAGGCAACAACUCGCCUCUGCAGCAGCCCGAUGCUAGUCGAGCUGGCACACCGAGAAUCCUGUCUGCUAAGCCAACGCCGAGGGCCUCCCCUGUUCAGCAUCAACUGCAACAGACUGCGAACGACUAUCUGCAGGCACGCGCGGCGUCACCGCAGUCCGCUCCAACAGAGCCUCAGGGUAAAACCUCAGCGAAACCCCAGGAUGAAACCCCAGCACAGGCACAGGGAGGAAUACAGGCCGAGGCACAGGCAGCAAUACAAGCACAGAUGCAGGCUUUCAUUCCAAACCAAAGAAGAAUUCAGAAGACACAGUCAUGGCCGAGGCCGGUGAACCCAUCGCCAAACCCAAACUACGGACUAGACCCAUCGUUGUUCCAGCAAAAGAAGCGAAAGUCUGAAGUUGCGGACACUGGAACAGUAUCCGAAAGGGAACAAAGCGAUGAGCGGAUCAAGCGUCUUAGGAAAAGUGACGUGCCAAAGUGUAUCCCGGAUAUCAACAUUUCCGUGGAGAGAAGGAUCUGUUUCGAGGAUGUGCACCAGGGAGGCACGCCCAAGUACAUGCAUACCAUCAUAAAAUGGGAAGACGGCAACUAUUACAUUCUCUACUGCGAAGAGCACGGCGUCCACUUUAGGCAGAGAGCUCUCACGGCAGCGGCAAAACACCUUGACUCCAUUGCGCAUGGUAAAAUGAGUCGCCAUCACUCCCAGGCCCUGGAGCAACUUGGCCGCCGCAUCGUCGACUGCGAUGACGAGAAGAUGCGCAGGCACAACGCAGUCGUCGCCAAGGCGUUUGAGAACGGCUAUUCCUUACCUUCAAACGAAUCUCUUCUUCAGGAGAACCAAACAGCUUCGGUCACAGACUCGAUCACCGCCGAAACAACAGUCGAAGUGGAUUCACAUCAAGCCCAUACACCACAGCUGAGUCAACAAAUACCGGUUGAGCCGGAAGCAAACGCGACACACAAAGUAUCUCACUUCCACAAGGUUGACAAACGAAAAUCCCCCAAUCGAGAAAUUAUCGUUAAUCCCGUGGCUGGAAAACUCUACUAUGCAACCCCGAAGCGUCGGUUUCUUGACAGGGUGAAAAAGUACAUUGUCAUGAUUCUGGCGUGGAAAGACCUCACGGUUUGCGGUCUCCCCGGUACCACGUUGAGUCAACUAGAACUUAUUCAGCAGGCACAACGCAAAAAUUGCUAUGCCUACGAUGCUCAGGGCAUCGCCGGAUGGAUGCCCGACUUUGAGGACGGUGGCAAACACGUUAAGAAGCGCUGGUUCCCCGUCAUUUGGUUUGAGGGCACCAGAACAGAGGACAACCGAGAAGGUUGGGUCCGCGCCGAGGAGCUCUCGAACUUUAAUAUCUUCCCCGUUCCUAAAAGAAAUGCAAAUCACCCACAGAUUAGAGCACGCGAGUGGUACUUCCGAUGCCAUCCCGAUGAAGCGCCUGACGGCCUGGGCCCAUUCUCGAACGGGCGCUUGGGCGCGGAAAUACUUGGCGCAACGCGAGCUUCUACUGUUGCCUCGGCCGUUGAACGCCCGAAUAAUGACCAAGGCAUCGUUGAAAUCGAUGAUACUGACUCUGAUAGCGAGUCUGCUGUUGAGGAAGCGCCUGAGCGGCGCAGUCGUCCGCCCGUUGAGGACCAUGCCAGCGAUAGCGAUUACCACGCCUCUGAUGAUCGAGACAUGGCCGAAUCGGUUGCCUCUUCGCAGUCCUCGCGGCACCCGAAACCGACGCCAAGGAGGAGUACUCAAGAGUUACGCUCCAAGGCCACAGAGUCGGAAGCGUUGCGUCCCGUAACCCCUGUUCGUGUUGGAGCAGCAGCCGGCACUCGCUCCUCGACGAAGAGGCAGUCUGUGGGACACGACAUUGACAUGAAAGAUGCAUCCCCGGUGCUCUCACCACUGAGCCGACGGGCUCGCAAAAGCACCCAAGAAGAAGAGUCAGAUACACGAGCCGCGGCGGUCACGCCUCAGGCACCUCAGGACCAGCCUUCGAUUCAAUUGGGAACCCCUCUGGACAAGAAGGCGUCCCAAGAACCUCCCCAGGAGAGUAUUCGGGAGGAGCCGACACCCGCGGACGGAGUCGUCGGGACGAAUUUGCAGGACGUCGUGGAUCAAGCUCGCCAACGGCUAGUUGAUCAGGCGUGCUUCAGGGUUGCCACGGAGGCCAUUCAAGAAGUGCUUGGUCAAAAGCCCGCAGUCUCUGCCGCCGCCAUUGACGCAUCUGACAAGAAUGGGGCCAACACUGUUGGUAACGGCCCAGGCCAAGGGACGGCGCAGCAGCCUCCACAGGAUGGGAAUGAGGAUCGGGUCUCGGUGGUCUCGGUAAUAGGUGCCGAGGACAAUGAACCGUCGGGUGCCAGGAGUAUAACGCCUACGCCUCUUCCGCAUCAAGCAGUCAGAAACUCUUCUGCGGUACCAUUUGCUGAGCGGACUGUUUCGGACGAGGCCACGACAUUGGCACAAGAAUCACACGAGGAAAGGGCGCCAAGCGACGCAGAGAACGGAGACGGAGACGUCACGUCAACCCAUGCAGCCAAGGCCAAUAAUACGCCUGCCAGUUGCCCGCAACGCAAGUCGAUGGAGGACAGAACCCGGCGACUAAGACCACACCAGUACCGGCGCCGGUGCCAGCAACAUCUGCGGCAGCAACGUCUGUUUCAGAAGGACAGCCGAAGACAGCUUCGGCCGCUCAAGACGGCAGAACAGAACCGUCUCGAGCGCCAGCGCCUGGAGCCCCCAACAAACAAGACAGAAUCGGCCAACCACCCCAGCUCGAAAGCAGGCACAGAUUCUUUGGCGAGAUUCCGCACGUCGGCGGCGGCGGCUCCGCCGCCUGUCCCCUGCUCACCAGCUGCCCGGGCCGAGCCUGGCGUGAGCGACACAGUAUGGCAUGUGUCGGCGUUUCAACAAGGAAACCGACGGUGGUCCCACCCAUCGCUCUCUCUCAGCUUAGCUGUGGACGAGGCGGGCGUGGCGAGAACGAGCGACGCAGACGAAAUGGACGUGGCCAUUAAUCCACGGGCUGUUCAGAGCAUGCAGUACAGCCAGACGGCAGAUAAAUCUCGCGCCGAGGUCAUCUUGAAACCGAAGGAAGGCAUGUUGGAACAGAAGAUGAUAUUCACAGUUGGCAGUGGUCGAAACAAGAUGCAGAGCGUCAAGUUUGUGCGGUGGAUGCUCAAGGUCAAUCCAGCGAUCACGAUGCUGACUGGACUGACGCUGCCGCCCCCGUGA